AUGGCCGCUAUGGAUCCGAGAAAUAAUGGCUACGUUGCUCCGCUAAAUGAGCAGGAGAGAGAUGAAGAUUUUGAAGUUGUUGAGGUGGUAGACGUUCUAGAUAACCAAAGUGUGGUAUCUCUCAAGUCCAACGAUUCUGACCUAAAGAAGAAAACUAAUGAUGAUGAGACAAAGGAGAAAGGUGGCUGGACCAACGCACUUAUUUUACUAGGAAACCAAGGACUAGCUACAUUAGCCUUCUUUGGUGUGGGAGUGAACCUGGUUCUGUUUCUAACGCGUGUUAUGGGACAAGGCAAUGCAGAAGCUGCUAACAACGUAAGCAAGUGGACAGGAACAGUUUACAUGUUUUCACUUGUGGGUGCAUUUCUCAGCGACUCUUAUUGGGGUCGUUACUUGACAUGCACUAUCUUCCAAAUCAUCUUCGUCCUCGGUGUGAGCCUCCUCUCUUUCACUUCUUGGUUCUUCUUGAUCAAACCUAAAGGUUGUGGCGAUGGAAACGAUGCAUGCAACCCACCCUCUUCCCUCGGCGUUGGUAUCUUUUAUCUAUCCGUCUAUCUCGUAGCGUUUGGAUACGGAGGUCACCAGCCAACUCUGGCUACUUUCGGUGCAGACCAGUUUAAUGAUAAUGAUAAAACCUCCAAAGCUGCGUUUUUCAGCUACUUCUACUUUGCACUCAACGUUGGAUCUCUCUUUUCAAACACAAUCCUUGUUUACUUUGAGGAUAGAGGGUUGUGGACUGAAGGGUUCUUGGUGUCACUUGGCUCUGCGAUUAUCGCAUUGGUGGCGUUUCUUGGCCCGACAAAACGUUAUCGCUAUGUCAAGCCUUGUGGGAACCCUUUACCACGUGUGGCUCAAGUGUUUGUAGCUACUGCUAGGAAGUGGAGUGUUGUUCGGCCUGAAAACCACCAGGAGUUGUAUGAAGUUGAAGGUCCUGAAUCAGCUAUUAAAGGAAGUAGAAAGAUAUUUCACAGUACCAAGUUUGUUUUCUUGGAUAGAGCAGCAGUGAUUACAGAUGAUGACAGGAAUGAGGAGAGGAACAAUGCAUGGAGAUUAUGCAGUGUAACACAAGUAGAAGAAGCAAAAUGCGUUAUGAAGAUGCUACCAAUAUGGCUAUGCACUAUAAUCUACUCAGUGAUAUUCACACAAAUGGCUUCACUAUUCGUGGAGCAAGGUGACGUGAUGAAUGCACAAAUUGGUAAAUUCCACAUCCCAGCGGCUAGCAUGUCAGUCUUCGACAUAUGCAGCGUCCUAAUAUCAACAGGAAUCUACCGCCACGUUAUAUUCCCAUACGUGAGACCCACGGAACUUAUGCGCAUGGGUGUAGGUCUAAUCAUAGGGAUAAUGGCAAUGGUGGCCGCAGGAUUAACAGAGAUCCAACGGCUGAAACGCAUCGUCCCGGGGCAAGAUGAGAGUGAGCUUACCAUUUUAUGGCAAAUACCACAAUAUGUUCUUGUGGGAGCGAGUGAAGUGUUCAUGUACGUUGGACAGUUAGAGUUUUUCAAUGGACAGUCACCAGAUGGUUUAAAGAAUUUAGGAAGCUCGUUGUGUAUGGCUUCUAUGGCGUUGGGUAACUACGUAAGUAGUUUGAUGGUGAAUAUUGUUAUGGCUAUAACUGCGAGAGGGAAGAGUCAUGGGUGGAUACCUGAAGAUUUAAAUGAAGGUCAUAUGGAUAGGUUUUAUUUUUUAAUUGCGGUAUUAGCUUCCAUUGAUUUCGUGUUUUAUUUGGUAUUUGCCAAGUGGUAUCAGCCCAUAAGCCAUGAUGAAGAUAGCAUCAAGGGAACUGGUGUGAAACGGAAGGUUAUCUCAGAGUUGGACCAAGUUUAA